CAUCGGUCUUUUUUUUUAAAAAAAAAAAAAUCAAGCCCCCCUCGUGCUUUUUUUUUCAAUUCUUUCAUCUCUACUUUCUUACAUCAUCAUGGCUGAAUACCAAGCUCGUCAAGUGGGUGCUCUUAACACUCUCGAUUUCCGUCUCUUCUAUGAAAAGGAUGGUGUUCCUGUCUCUCCUUUCCACGACAUCCCUCUCUUUGCUAAUGAAGAAAAGACUAUUUUGAAUAUGGUGGUUGAAAUCCCUCGUUGGUCUAACGCCAAGCUUGAAAUUUGUAAGGAAGAAGCUUUCAAUCCUAUCAAGCAAGAUACCAAGAAGGGUAAACUUCGAUUUGUCCGUAACUGUUUCCCUCACAAGGGUUACAUUUGGAACUAUGGUGCUUUCCCUCAAACUUGGGAAGACCCUAACCAUACUCAUGCUGAAACCAAGGCCAAGGGUGAUAAUGAUCCUAUUGAUGUUCUUGAAAUUGGUGAACAAGUGGCUACUGUUGGUCAAAUUAAACAAGUAAAGAUUCUUGGUAUCAUGGCUCUUUUGGAUGAAGGUGAAACUGAUUGGAAGGUGAUUACUAUUGAUGUUAAUGACCCAUUGGCUCCUAAAUUGAAUGAUAUUGAAGAUGUUGAAAAGCACCUUCCUGGUCUCAUCCGUGCUACCAAUGAAUGGUUCCGUAUCUACAAAAUUCCCGAUGGAAAGCCUGAAAAUGUAUUUGCUUUCAGUGGUGAAGCCAAGAACAAGAAAUAUGCUACCGAAAUUGUCUUGGAAACUAAUGAAGCUUGGAAGGCAUUGAUCAAUGGCAAAUCUGAUAAGAAGGAUAUCUCCACUACCAAUGUUUCUGUUGAUGAAUCUCCUUAUAAGGUUAACAUCGAUGAUGAAGUUGUGGCCAAUGUACCUGCUGCUGAUGUUCAAGCUCCUGCACCUAUUGAUUCUUCCAUUGACAAGUGGUUCUUCAUUAGUGGAAAUGCUUUGUAGAUUAUUUUGUUAUUUCAUCAAUAAUAGUAAUAAAAAUAAAACUAAAAAAAAAAA